AUGGCAGCUGUACAUAAUUUGGAUAGUCAUCAAGGAGGUAGAAUCCUCAUUUUGUGGAACAAAGACACAGUGGAUCUUGAAGUAAAGAGCAGCCAUGCACAGGUAAUACAUUGUUUGAUUCAAUGCAAGGUAACUGGUCAAAAACUGCAUUGUAGUAUGGUGUAUGGGCUGUACUCAGUGAGAAGUAGAAGAGAACUAUGGGAUUCAAUAGAGAAUUAUGGUGAGAAUAUGACAGAACCUUGGUUGGUGAUGGGUGAUUUCAAUUGUGUGAUGAGCCCAGAAGAGAAGACAGGAGGCAAUAUACCUACAAAUUAUGAGCUAAAAGACUUCAAUGAAACAGUAUUGGGGCUAGGAGUGGAGGACAUACCUUACACAGGCACCUUCUUCACUUGGUCAAAUUCUGCAGUUGAUAACACAAUAUGGAGCAAGCUGGACAGAGCCAUGGUAAAUAGUGCAUGGUAUGAUCAGAUGCCAGUAACAAAGGCUGAUUUUCAAGCCCCUGGCCCUAUAUCAGAUCAUUCACCAUGUAUAGUUACUAUACACAGAGAAAGUAACAAAGGACAGACUCCUUUCAGAUUUUUCAAUAUGUGGACUAAGCAUGAAGAGUUUCAGAACAUAGUGCAGGAAAAAUGGAAGUUUGAAGGGUAUGGAACUGACCAGUUCAAACUGUGUAAGAUGCUGAAAGGGUUGAAAAGACCCCUAAAGGAGCUAAAUAGGGCUGCAUUCAGUCACAUAACUGCUAGGGCUGAGAGGGCAGCAAAAGAAGUGGAAGAUCUACAGAUUCAGCUACAAGCAGAUCUGGAAAAUCAGGGGCUAAAAGAGAGCAUAAAACAGAAAAAGAAGACUGCUAAUUUUCUGAUGGAAGCUGAAAGGCAAUUCCUAACUCAAAAGGCUAAAUGUAAUUAUGCCUUACAUGCUGAUAAAACAAAUAAAUUCUUUCAUAACAUUGUGAAGAGAAGAAGCAAGAAAAACUUCAUUGCUGCUGUAUACAAGGAAAAUGGUCAGAAAACAGAAUCUGAGGAAGAGAUGAUAAAUGAAUUCCUUAAUUUUUAUAAGGACUUGCUGGGUACAGAGGAGGUGUGUGCACCUUUGGAUGCUACUGUGGUAGAGUCAGGGCCAGUUUUGAAUGAAGAAGAAGGGCAGGAAUUGAUAGCAGAAGUUACAGAGGUUUCGACAAUGAUCCUUCCGCAGGUUCACCUACGGAAACCUUGUUACGACUUCUCCUUCCUCUAA